AUGCUUGGAUCUCUUAGAGGACGUGUUAAGCCCUGUAUGCUUGUUACCUUCAGUCCUACUGUACUCACUACUGAAGUAAAAUCAGUUGAGAUGCACCAUGAGUCCCUUCUAGAGGCUCUCCCUGAUGACGAUGUUGGUUUCAUUGUAAAGAAUGUUUAUGUGAAGGAAAUCAAGCGUGGAUACGUGGCAUCUGACUCCAAGAAUGUCCCGGCUAAGGAGGCAACUAACUUUAUUGCCCAAGUCAUCAUCAUAAACCACCAUGCACAGAUCAGAAAUGGUUACACCCCAGUGCUGGACUACCACACCUCUCACAUUCCUCUUAAGUUUUUUGGGCUUAUGAGUUUCAUGAACCACUCAUAUUCGCCGAACAAUAUUCCUAAAUUUGCACAAAAAAUUGAGUCACCCAAUUGUGCAAAACCUUCACUUAACUAA